AUGUCUCAGCCGAAGAUUACAUUCUACGUGGACAUUGUGAGCCCGUUUGCCUACAUUGCUUUCCACGUCCUCAAGAAUUCAAAGGCCUUCAAACAGGUCGAGGUGCAAUAUGUGCCGAUCCUGCUUGGGGGUUUGAUGAAGGUCUGUGGGAACACACCGCCGCUGAACAUUAAGAACAAAGACAAGUGGAUCAAUACGGAGCGCCAGCGCUUGUCGAAACAGUUCAACGUGCCCAUCCUGCAAGAUGCUCCGCCUGGCUUCCCUGUCAGCACAUUGCCCAUUCAGCGCGCCCUGGUAUCUCUCUCGCUCUCUCACCCACAAAAACUUGAACGCGCAAUAGAGCUCUGCUACGAAAAUUUCUGGGCGCACUGGAACGACCCGACUAAGCCGGAGAAUCUGCAGGCUAUCCUUGGGACUGUUUUGGGCAGUGACGAAGAGGCGCAAAAGGUGAUCGCGAGGACGAAGACCGAUGAGGUGAAGCAGGCUCUGGGCGGAAACACUACCAAGGCGUUUGAAGACGGCGCCUUUGGGCUGCCAUGGUUUGUCGGUAAGCGCAGAAUUGGUGCUCUGUCAGAUAAUCAGAAAGUGUUUGUUGACCAUGUGCGGCAGCUACCAACGCGAGAGGAGAGACUGAGGGGUACUGGGGCGUCGAUCACAUGGGUCAGCUAUGUGACCAUUUGGGUCUGGAGAGGCCGUCUAAUCCAGUCUACUGAAGAAAUGGAUUACUACCGACAAAAUGAACUCCCCGAGACGGUCAAGCGUUACAAGACCUACACCGACCAAUUCCAAGCGUGGUUGCUCCAGACAGCCUUCCAACGUGGCGUGGAGAUUGCAAAUGUGGUUGCAGACCAGGCUAAGAAGAAAAAGAACAAGAAGGGCUACAGAAUACCGCUACAAAAACAGGAGCAGCUCGUCAACGCCAUAGCCGCUACGAGCAUUCCGCUCGCGGACACCAGUGGUAUCGACGACCUGGGAGACGCUAUCCGGUCAAGGAAGGAGGUAACGCAAUAUCACAAACACAAUAACACGGCGGACCUGGGUCAUGAAUACUUCAAUGGCAGCUUAGAAGCGCUCAUGGCGGUGCUGAAGGAUCUUGUCCCCGGUAUCAAUAAGGCUCGAAACGGCAAGACUGACACGCCUACCCUUGUCUUCAUCCAGUUUCCCGCCGAGUCCAACAAAAGCCAAGACGAACAGGACGAUUUACUUGAGAAGAUGCGGAAGCGGGACCAGGUUGACAUGGAUGAUGGCAGCCAGCAGCAGCAGCCUCUGACUUCCAAGACGAAGACGAAGGCGCCGAUACCAGAGGAGAACCUGCUGACUGCAGAGGAGGAACAGUUGCGCCGUGACUUUCUUGUACUCUGCUUCCUCUACAAGUUCAACCGCAUACGGGCUGUCAUCUACGAGGUGUGGGUCGCUUACCAUGAGGGCCAUGUCAAUGCGAUGACCGCAGCGCUAGUGACCGACCUCGCCCAGGAUCAUUUGCACCAGAACGUCAAGGCACUGAUGGAGGAGCUCGAUUUGCUACCAGGAGACCUGGCCAUACUCAUCCGUCAGCUUUUCGAUACGAUCAAAGCAGCUCCCAACACUGGAGCACAGAACGCAGCAACACCGCUCACUGAAAAGGCACUGCGUCACCUGUUUUGUCUGGAUGAUGCUGCCGUCUUGAUCAAGAGCUACGUCACGAAUAAGCGCCCGAUGAAGGACAGUAUUGGCAACGACAUCCAGGAGCACCCUCUCAUGAUAUUCUUGAGGUUCUUCGACGUUAUUCGCAAGGGCAACCUCAAGCUUCCAAAGUGGGAUCACUUUACCGCAGAGAUGCUGUUGCAUCAGAGUACAUCACAAGACUACCUACCCUUCGGCCUUGCCAUUGUUCUCGACAUCCAAGAGGCAGUGCGCGACGACUGUCGUCGGAUGCUACGCGACCUCACCGAGCACGGCUUAGACAUCGCCAGAUGUAUCCGUUGUCAUGUCGACUACGAAGACCGCAUGUGGGCCAAGGGAACAAAGCCUGACUACAUGUGCAAAGAAGAGAUCAAGUUCAGUACCCUCCUGUUGAAGCCUCUAGACAGGCUGUUGGACUGGCUGCAAGAUGUUCUGAAUUCGCGAGAAGUGCCGAUGGCUGCUAGCGUCUUCAUCACCGUUCAUUCGACGCUCGCGGGACUUUCAAUGUGGCACUACAACCAGAUCUACCACCAUACUACCAUUGCCAAGAUACAGUGGUUCAUCAAUGGCCUCGCUCACCUCUACAACGCCGCCUGCCAAAUCGGCGGUCUGAACAUCCAGUGGCCAGACCUCGACUAUCUGAUCAAGAUGCAUGGGUACCUCCCUCGGGUGCCGAAACAAGUUGGAGUGAAACGCGGUUUACGGAGUGAUUUGCCAUUGGAGGCUAAGAUUUCCGAUUACUAUGGCCCGAACCCGGACAAUAACCGUUGGUUGAGGCGUCAUGCAGUCUUCAACCAUCUCUACCGACGGAAAGAGGCUGUUGGAGGCGCAUCAGACGAUGACUGCAAACAGGCUAGACGGAUCUCAGAGGACUUGCGAGGCACGUUUGCCGAUCUAGCAACCAAGAUCACGCCCUCGAAGCCAAGGCGAAAAGGCAAGGACAAGGCCAGGGUACGCAAACCCGAUUUCGACAAGCAGGACGAGACACACGCCAAGCUGCUAGGUACCAUGAGGUCAGAACUGCAGGAGAACGAAGUACACAGUAACUUUGACUUCCUCUCCUUCUAUCGUCGCGCCUUCGGCCUCGUUCUACGCCUUCGCGAGGAAGUUCUCAUGAGCGACGAUGUACGGCGCUCCCGGGCUGAAGACAUCAAUGCAAAUCCCGAGCCCCACAAUUUCCAACUGAUAACAGAUCUCUUCCGCGAUCUUCGAAUUGAGCCCAAGACUAAGAAAGAAGAAGAGGCCGAAGCGAAGGAGGGUGCUGGACAGCAGCUCUCAGCCAAAGUCGUACCGUUGAAGCAGAUUCGACGUGUCGCUGAGAUGAUGCAUGACUUGACCCUUGCCAAGGGUGAUGUGGAGUUGAGGCGCGCCAAGUUACGGGUCAAGGGGGAUUGGGAGGGUCUCAAGGCUUCGUAUGCUGCUGAAGAAGCUGAGAAAGAGGCUUCUGGUGUCGAAGAGAGCGUUCCACAGGCAGAAUCCGAAGACGAAGUGGUGACUGAGGUUUCCGAUGCUUUAGAUGGCCUUGCGCCUCCGCUGAGCAUCGUCAACGGCACCAAGCGCACGUUCGAGGCAGAUCGAGACUCAGAAGAUGGUGGGACGUAUACGCUGGGGUCUCAGAUCUUGGGACAAAAGCAUACACAGUGCGACACGAAAAACUGGUCAGACGAGCCUGAUAGUCUAGAAGUCCUUGAUGUCGCUAUCGAUACCCAGGAUAUGGAGGCCCUGUCACGCUUCGAGGACAAGAGAAAUGACAUCAGGCGCAAAUACGAAGCGGACGUUGACUCCGCGAACCGCCCAGUUCACUUGCUCAACUCAGGCGGUUGGAACGGCGCAUGUGUAGAAGUCGCUGCGGACGAACACAUCCCCACUUCCAUUGCGCCCGAAGCAGACCAGCGCCAUUCCUUGGGCUCGCAAAUCAGUCAGGUCAUGGGCACUGCUGCCGCAAUCUCACUCGCAGCACCCAUCAACGAUGACAACAAACACAGCGGCACAAGAUCUAUAGGCACUACGUCUCGCAAAUCCCGUAUCACGGCCAUCUUUCCUUCGUCAUCGUCUAGGAACACCAAGCUUCUAGCGCUAACCCAGCCGCGAAAGGCCUCAUUCCACCGUCUCUCUGGUACCGCUAGGAAGCAUCGCAUCACCUUUCACUGCUACACGCGAUGCGCUAUGGCUCGUGCCCUACAUGGCCAGCAGACUCGUCUGCAGCGACGAAUGGCGAUUGCCAUUGCGGAGCUGAGGAAGAAGGUCAGGAGGGAUUCGGCCGGUAAGUUUUGA